UCAGACUUCUCACAUCAAUGCGACCUGCUGUUUGACGAGAAGCAUCAAGUUGAAGGAGGUUUUUUAAGAGUUGAGAGAAGUUGCGAGAAACUUAAACAUAACAUGAUAUUAGGACCGCUGGUCACGAUCACGAACAGUAAAAUAAAAUGGGAUAUGUUUCUUUCAAAACUUUAUGUAAAGGCACUGCACUACUCUUCUUUGUCAUUCUUCAGGGGUUGAAUGCACAGAAUUCUAGUACAACUGAAAAUGUCUCAGAAUCCACUGUCAUUACAACUACUUCUUCAACUGAGUCUCAGACAUCAACUCCUACAACUGAAAAUGUCUUAGAAUCCACUAUCACUACAAUCACUUUUUCAACUGGGUCUCAAACAUCAACUCCUACAAAAUUUCAUUGA